AUGACCGAGCUACCCCUACCAGAUACCAAUUCGACGAUAGACGUUUUGUCAUUAUCGACCAAGAAUGAUCCAGACGACCGGAAGGAAGACAGAGUUCCAGAGGAUCCACAGCAGUCGGCGCAGGAGCUGUCCAUAAACAACCGCAGAGUCGACGACGAUGCCGAAGAGGGACCAAAAACGCAAAUUUCAGAUUCACAGAGGGCUUGUGCAACAGUAACUCAUACCUUGAAAGGCCAUGGAAGAUCGAUCUCCAAUGUAUCUUUCUCGCCCGACGGGACGAAGCUCUCGAGCUCGAGUGCAGACGGAGUGAUAUUAAUAUGGCACGUUAUCCUACCCGAGGAGGAGAAAGCAAGCAAUCGAUUGGCGCAAGUAGAGUUUAUGACCAAGUUAGUGGACGGCGAAGACACCGAGGGAAGGGAGGGAAUCAACGACGUGGCGUGGUCUCCCGACUCGGAAUAUCUAGUGAGCGGGUCGGACGACCAUGCGAUCCAUGUCUGGGCGCCCUCGCAAUCUCCAGCAACAGCGACAACCACACCGAUCCGGAAAUUGCUCGGCCAUUCCCACUGCGUCUAUUGCGUCAAAUUCAACCCGAUCGGCACCCUCUUGAUCUCCGGUAGCUUCGACGAAACCGUCAAGGUCUGGGACUUCCUCGGCGGCAAACUCUUGCGCACCCUCCCCGGCCAUAGCGAAGUCGUGAGCUGUCUGGACUUCAGUCGCGACGGCUCGGUCAUCGUCAGUGGUAGCUUUGACGGCUUGAUCCGGAUGUGGGAUACGACGAGUGGCCAAUGUUUAAAAACUAUGGUGGUAGCUCAAGAGACUAAUGCGCCUGUGACAUGCAUCAAUUUUACGCCCAAUUCGCGUUAUCUGAUCACUUGCUCACUCGACUCGACCGUCAGGAUUUGGGAUUACAGGUCUAAAGAAGGCACCGUCGUCAAAUCGUAUACAGGCCAUUCAAACAUCAAAUACUCUAUUCCUGCGAGGGUGAUUUCGCGCCCAAACACUACCAAACUCUUGGGCACACAAAAUAUAAUCAGCAGGGACUUGGUGAUGAUGGGAAGUGAAGACGGGAGUCUAUGGGUCUGGGACUUACAAUCGGCUGAACUCGUCUUGAGACAACCCUUUCAUCAAGAUUCGACUAUUGGGCUUUCUAUCCACCCAACCGACCCUUCUAUCUUUGCUACAGCGGGAUUGGACAAAGACCCGACAGUCAAAAUCUGUUCUCUUUCUUCUCCAACGCCUUUUAAUCAGCCACCUAACUAA